GCCGCCAGGCAGCAUGGGAGGGGCCCUCCUUUGCUGAGGCGCAGCAGCAGCAGCAGCAGCACUGUGGGUAACUACAGCACAGCUCUGCUCUCUCUGCGCUAUCACAGUGAGUCAGCUGAGUUGCCGGGAUCACAGGCGCCGGUGAGUGAGUGAAUGAAUGAGAGAGGGGACCCUGCAGGGUUUGGAUACAGAAAGGCGAAGGUGCGACUCUGGAGAUGCGCGGAGCUGAGACACUGACAUGGAAACAGUGAAGUGAUCGGAGCAAGCUUGUUGACGCAUAAUCCCGCCCGCCCCGCUGGCACUGGGAGGGGGGCAAAUCUCGCCUGCCUAAACUCAAAUCCUCCACAAGAGAUUUACGGAGUGCGCUGCUUCUGCUGCUGCUGCGAGUUCAGCCACCUUCAAGAAGACAUUUCUUUCAUUUUGGCUCUACAGGCGCUCUGUGGUGAUAAUGAGCAUAUUUUUGGGAGAUCCACAUGUCUGUGAAGCAAGAGGACCUCAUGCGCUAUCAUAAUUAGGGUAUUAAAUCCACUGUUGGAAUCGGCACUGUCACUGCGUCGCGGACGGUGGGCGGUUGGAUGCGCCCUGAGGUGUGGACAGGACCUGCCCGCACAUCACCAUCAUCAUCACCAUCAUCAUUAUCAUCAGCAUCCUCAUCAUCACAGGCAUUUGAUCGUGAUUGUGUUGAUUACACCGGAGAUCUGGAGCCAUGACAGGCCCCCCGCUGGUCCCACAGCCCGCCUGCUGACGGUACCGGGCAGGAUGGGAGCAGGUCUGCCGCGUUCAGGAUCCCGAACCAGUCGAUUUAUCAAUGGAGGAGGAGAGUGACACCCGGAAAAUCAACAACAGCUUCCUUCGCGACCACAACUAUGCAACCGAAGCUGACAUUAUCUCAACGGUUGAGUUUAACUCAUCGGGGGAGCUGUUGGCCACCGGGGAUAAAGGAGGCAGAGUGGUUGUCUUCCAGAGGGAGCAGGAGAGUAAGAGCCAGCCCCAACGUCGAGGGGAGUACAAUGUUUACAGCACAUUCCAGAGCCACGAGCCCGAGUUUGACUACCUGAAGAGUUUGGAGAUUGAGGAGAAGAUCAACAAGAUCAAAUGGCUUCCUCAGCAGAACGCCGCCUACUUUCUGCUCUCCACCAACGACAAGACGGUGAAGCUGUGGAAAAUCAGCGAAAGAGACAAGCGUCCGGAGGGCUACAACCUGAAGGAUGACGAUGGACGGAUCAGAGACCCGUCGACCAUCACCACGCUACGGGUGCCGGUGCUGCAGCCUAUGGACUUGAUGGUUGAGGCUACAGCCAGGCGGGUAUUCAGUAAUGCCCACACCUACCACAUCAACUCCAUCUCUGUCAACUCCGACCUUCAGACGUACAUCUCCACCGACGACCUCAGGGUCAACCUGUGGAACCUGGAGAUCACCGAUCGCAGCUUCAACAUCGUGGACAUUAAGCCAGCCAACAUGGAGGAGCUGACGGAGGUGAUCACCUCAGCAGAGUUUCAUCCCCAGCAGUGUCACACCUUUGCCUACAGCAGCAGCAAAGGCUCAAUACGCCUCUGUGACAUGAGAGAGGCCGCGCUCUGCGACAAACACUGCAAAUACUUUGAAGAGCCCGAGGAUCCCUCCACUCGCUCCUUUUUCUCUGAAAUCAUCUCAUCCAUCUCUGAUGUGAAGUUCAGCCACAACGGGCGCUACCUGAUGACAAGGGACUACCUCACUGUCAAGGUGUGGGAUCUUCAAAUGGAGAACAAACCGCUGGAGACGUACCAGGUCCAUGACUAUUUACGUGGAAAACUUUGUUCUCUGUAUGAGAAUGACUGCAUCUUCGACAAGUUCGAGUGUGUCUGGAAUGGAUCAGACAGCGUCAUAAUGACCGGCUCCUACAACAAUUUCUUCCGAAUGUUUGACCGAAACACCAAACGUGACGUCACACUGGAGGCGUCCAGGGAGAACAGCAAACCCAGAGCCAUUCUCAAGCCUCGCAAGGUGUGUGUGGGUGGGAAGCGCCGUAAGGACGAGAUCAGUGUGGACAGCCUAGACUUCAGCAAGAAGAUCCUUCACACUACGUGGCACCCGCAUGAGAACAUCAUUGCUGUAGCGGCCACCAACAACCUCUACAUCUUUCAAGACAAGGUCAACUAAAGGGCAAUCUGCCCAUGCUGACCCCUGACCCCCACAUGCAAAGGGGCUGCAGGGAGAGCUAGAGUUGGAGAAAGAGAGAGAUGAAGCCGGUAUCUACAUCCUUCUCCUCCUCUCCCUAUGUCUUGUUGCUGCUGG